AUUUAGAUGAUGAAAUCUUUGCUUAUAUUCAUAUAUCUGACACAUAUCUAUUCUAUGGACCAAAUCAAACAGAUUUUUUCAAUAAAGUAAAUAUAAUACUCAUCUCCAAUUCAGGAACAACCUUAGCUUGUCCUCUUCCUCUCAAGAAAACGAAUUUUUUUCAAAUAAUUCAACCUUUCAGCUUUGAGGUUUGGAUAAUGGUGAUAUGUAUUACUGCAGGAUCAAUAUUGAUUAUGUUUUCUUUAGUAGUACUUGAUGAAAACCUAUUAUCUUAUGAUUCUAAUAUAUCUCUAAUUGAUGUGGGUUUGUAUUCAUUUGGAGCUUACUUCCAGGAACCCUUUCAUGUCAAGAUGAGAAAUGGAAAGCGAUUUAUUCAGUGCUUGCAGUUUUUUUGGCUGUUGUGGACAUUUUUUAUAAUGGUUUCUUGGCAAUGUGAUCUAAGGGCAAAACUAAUGGCUGCCGAGCACGAACCUGAGAUAUCUUCGGUACAACAAUUCAUUACUCAGUCAAAAAGAAAGAUGUACAUUGAUGUAGGCUAUCAAAAGUAUGUGGAAGCAUCUCACAAGGGAUUUCUUGACAGCUUGAAAUAUCAAGGACGACAUGUGAUCCGGAAUGGAGAAGGAGCAGAUACCAUUACCAAAAAUGGAGGAUGUGUUAUUGUUGAUAUGAACACAAUGAAGCACUUGAUAUUUCAACAGCAGCUGAAAACUGGAAAGAUGACUUUUAUCAACUGUAAUGAGUUCUUAAGCUAUAAGCCUUGA